CUCUCUUGCAUCGGAUAAGACUUUCAUUCCAAAAUGAAGAUGCUUAUUUUAUUCACCUGCCUUCUUGGCUUAAGCCUUCAAGCACCUGCACCUCAGCAACAAGGGGCUGGCCCUGCCAGUAUAGAAAUAUUUCUCCCAUAUGGAAUCCAUGGUCAAGCAUUUGCUAGCCCACAGCAUCCUGGAAUACAACUCAAUCCAUCAUCCCCCCAGCAAAAUGGACUUCCAGGACACGCCAGCAUAGAAUUUCUGGUGCCUUAUGGAUUCCCCACCCAGCAAUCUGGCGUCCCGACACAGCUGGGACAAAUGUUUCCUCAAGGAUAUGUAAAACAAAAGAAGCUGCAGGCACCUGGCAAAGCAAGCAAUGAGGCUCACAACAGCCCAGAUCCUGCUGCGCAAGAUACAGCCCAACAGCCAGCCGAGAACGGGCCUGCUAGCAUUGAAAUACUCAUGCCUUACGGCUUUCAAGGACAACAGUUCCCCAUGCCACAGAUGCCAAUUUCAAACCACCCAGCAGGAGCCCACCCUUCACCUCAGCUCCCAGGCCAUGUGAGCAUUGAGAUGCUCUACCCAUAUUCAUACCCAGGCCAAACAGCUGGAUAUCCUCAGCAGUAUGGACCACAGAGUGAUGCCCCGGCUGCUGCACCCCUGACUCCUCAGCAUCCCGCAAUGCCCCAACACGCCAGCGUAGAGCUUUUGGUUCCAUAUGGAUUCCCAGGCCAGCAUCAGGGACAUCCCCAAUAUCCUGGAUCAAUUUUUCCAUCACAGGGAUUUCUGAAGCACAAAAUUCCUCAGCCUCCUGGUGCACGCAGUAUUGAAAUUCUGUAUCCAUUUGGAUUUGGAUCACAGAACCCGAUGUUGCAGUUUGGAAAUGCAUCACCUGUUGUGCCACAGCAGCUUGCUUCCCAAAGCCCUAAGGCAUUCCCUACUGCCAAACCAGUCCAAGAGGAGAUCAGUCAACAAAAACCAAUUGAGAUGCCAAUCGAUGGGAUACUAAAGGAGGCUGAGCAAACUGUUUCACCAAGUGCCAAAACAAUGGAAUAGACGAAAUCUUCAUUGAAAUCACAGCAACCUGCCAAUGGCCUGUUUCCAUGACACUCCACAUUUCCAGUAAAAUAUUUAUAUAAACGUGCAAAAAAAAACAAUAAAAAAGAUAUAGAACACAUCUUUUAGGUUGUACUGAGAACAAAAUAAAAAAAAAAACAUACACACUUAGGUAUUUUGGACUUUAGAAAUUCAGCAGAAGGUUGUAUAACCUAAUUCAUUGCUAAAGCCACAAGUCUCUACUCAUAUUAACUUUUCAGAAGCAGUAAGUUAUAUUUCCUUCAGUUUGCUGUCAUAAAACAAGCAAAACUACAGGUUCAGUGUCAGAAAAAAAGUACACAUGCCCAGUGAUACUUACUGAAUUGUCUGGCAGCAUUCAAUGAUUUUACAUGCAAUACAUCCUUAUUUUGAUUGAUUUAUGUUGGCAUUGUGAGCUAUUGAGUGCUAUUUGGAUAUUUUUUAGAGUGGCUUUGAAAUUUGUUUUCACUUUUCAACAUAGAUAGUCUACUUGAGAACCAACUGUUUCUCAAUUUUAUGUGGUAUACCUGUGAGUAGUUAUAAAUAGCCAUUAAUCAUUAAAUGUGGCCAACAAAUUGUUUUGCUUUCUCGGUAUGUCAUUGUGCUGGAACAAGCACACUAUGUUUACUGUUUGAGAGUUUUAUCUUUUAAAUGGAUGAUCAAUUUAAUGUAGAAAUAAAGGUUCCCUCUAAUUUAAGAACUGUAGCCGCCUUUUUAUUUAAUCUUAAGGAUUUGUUUCCCAAGCUUUGGAGCUGCUGU